AUGGAGUUGCAAGUGGGAGGCUGCCAGUUACUUGACACGACUCCGCGAGUGGGCUGCUUGUCACGCCAGCACACCGCCUCAUUUUCACCGUUGUGGUUGGCCGCGCUCCUACGCGGGCAGUGUGUGGACGCACACGUUUGUAGCCAGGAAUACCCCCAUUUCAACCAUGAGGUGGCAAUUGGCACCCAUCGUUAUAGCAGACGCUUCGUCUGUUUUCUUCCCGUGCUUUGCACGCUCGACUGCAGCCACAACACUUCUUCGUUGCUGUUGUUACGUCUGCUGGGUUUUUUUGGUUCAGAACCUUGA